UGUGACAAUGGUCCACGUCUUCUUCCAGGACAUGAUCAUCACAGUCAACAAUCACAGGCAUAGCUGGGUGAAUGGAAAGAAGGUCUCCUAUCCCAUCAUGCCUAAAGACGGGGUGUCAGUCUCAUACACAAAUGAGGCUGUGAUCGUUGAGAAAAUGUCUGCCAUGAGACUGACUUACACUCACACUGAAGGGAUUGUGCUAUCCAUUAGCAGAGGCCUGACAGACAAAGUUUGUGGUGCUUGUGGCAACUUUAAUGAAGUCACUGCAGAUGAUAUAACAACUUCUGAUGGGAGAAACUCCUCUAUAAUGUCUGUGGUUAUAUCAUCCUGGCCGGCUCAAGACUUCUUUACAUGUGUGUAACAAACCUG